UAAUUGAGAAAAAAUAGUAAAGACGGAAAGAUAGGAAAGAGAGUUUAACUUAGUACUACCCAAGUCUUGUUAUAUCAACCUAACUAAAAACUGUCCUUUGAGAGAGCCUCACUAAUAACUCUCCAGCCUAGCUAACCAGACCAAACCUACACUAUUUAUCUCACUCUCUUGCUACAUGUAUGUUAUAACUCACUAAACAAUGGACAGCCAGCAGCCCACACACUCUCCUUCAGUCAGAUUUUACAGUAGCCACUGCCAGGCCACCCUCAGGAAACUUUCUCCCAACUGCUUGCCUUUAUCUCUCACAGUCCAACUGUCAUUCUUACCUCACUUCCUCUCUGAGAGCAGAUUCUAUUUCCUUUAAUUAUGGGCUGGUCUACAUGGUAACAGAAGCUCUUAUCUUUGGGCCUGGCUCUCUGUCCACUGAGCAAGCCAGCUCUUUCCCCAGUUAAAUUAGAGCAAGGGAUUAAGAAUUCCCUUUUACACUGGCUAAACAGGCAAUAAUGACCAAAGAGAGGAUGGAGAGUGAAGAGGAGUUCAGGAGGGCUUCCUGGAGGAGGGAGCCUGGAGUCCCAGAGAUGACCUUUGAGAGGGACAGACUCCCAGACCAGGAGGCGGUGACGUUCAAGGAUGUGACUGUGGACUUCACCCAGGAGGAGUGGUGCCUCUUGUCCCCUCCCCAGAAAGAGCUGUACAAGGAGGUGAUGCUGGAGAAUGCCCAGAACUUGAUCUCUGUGGGACUUCCAGCUCCCUCAGAAGAAGUGAUCUCUUAUUUGGAGCAGAGGGAAACCCCAUGGAUGCUGGAGCAAGAAGACCUGAGGAGCUUCUACCCAGAAAGAGAGAUCAGACCUGAAAUGAAGGUGAAUCCAAUAGAAAUGAACCUUCCUCUGGAAAAAAUGGACCUAGAAAGAUUUGUGAGUGAUGGUCCUGAUAACUUUGAUUUCAGAGAAUUCUUUGUUGCACCUCAAAAUUCAUCUCAUAUUGAACAUCAAAGAAUAUACCCUGAAGAAAAAUCUAGUGAAAGUAAUCUGUAUGGAAAGACUUUUAUGCACAGGGCCAAUCUUGCUGUACAUCAGAGAAUCCACUAUGGUGAGAAACAUUAUGAAUGCAAGCAAUGUGGAAAGAUAUUCCCAUCUAACUCCAAUCUUGUUGUACAUCAAAGAAUCCACACUGGCGACAAUCCUUAUGAAUGCAAGCCGUGUGGAAAGAAAUUCAGUCAGAGGUCCCAUCUUGCUAUACAUCAGAGAAUAUACACUGGGAACAAACCUUACGAGUGUAAGCAAUGUGGAAAGGUUUUUACAACUAACUCCAGUCUUGCUGUACACCAGAGAAUCCACACUGGGGAGAGACCUUAUGAAUGUAAGCAGUGUGGAAAGACAUUCAGUCAGAACUCCAAUCUUGCUGUACACCAAAGAAUCCACACUGAUGAGAGACCUUAUAAAUGCAAGCAGUGUGGAAAGACAUUUAGUCAGAGGCCCUAUCUUGCUGUACAUCAGAAAAUCCACACUAGGGACAAACCUUAUGAAUGUAAGCAGUGUGGAAAGACAUUCAGUCGGACCUCUAAUCUUGCUGUACACCAGAGAAUCCACACUGGGGAGAGACCUUAUGAAUGCAAGCAGUGUGGAAAGACAUUCACAGAUAAGUCCAAUCUUGCUGUACAUCAGAGAAUCCACACUGGGAACAAACCUUUUGAAUGCAAGCAGUGUGGAAAGACAUUCAGUCAGACGUCCCAUCUUGCUGUACAUCAGAGAAUUCACACUGGGGAGAGACCUUAUAAAUGUAAGCAGUGUGGAAAUACAUUCAGUCAGAGAUCCUAUCUUGCUGUACAUCAGAGAAUCCACACUGGGGAGAGACCUUAUGAAUGCAAGCAGUGUGGAAAGACAUUCAGUCGGAGCUCCAAUCUUGCUGUACAUCAGAGAAUCCACACUGGAGAGAGACCUUAUGAAUGCAUGCAAUGUGGAAAGACAUUCCCAUCUAACUCCAAUCUUGCUGUACAUCAGAAAAUCCACACUGAGGAGAGACCCUAUAAAUGUAAGCAGUGUGGAAAGACAUUCAGUCAGAGAUCCUAUCUUGAUGUACAUCAGAGAACCCACACUGGGGACAAACCUUAUGAAUGCAAGCAGUGUGGAAAGACAUUCAGUCGGAGCUCUAAUCUUACUGUACAUCAGAAAAUCCACACUGGGGAGAGACCUUAUAAAUGCAAGCAGUGUGGAAAGACAUUUAGUCAGAAGUCCUAUCUUGCUGUACAUCAGAGAAUCCACACUGGGGACAAACCUUAUGAAUGUAAGCAGUGUGGAAAGACAUUCAUUUGGAGGUCCCAUCUUGCUGUACAUCAGAGAAUCCACACUGGGAACAAACCUUAUGAGUGUAAGCAAUGUGGAAAGGUUUUCACAGCUAACUCUAAUCAUGCUGUACACCAGAGAAUCCACACUGGGGAGAGACCUUAUCAAUGUAACCAUUGUGGAAAGACAUUCAGUCAAAGGUCGCAUCUUGCUGUACAUCAAAGAAUCCACACUGGGGAGAGACCUUAUGAAUGUAAGCAGUGUGGAAAGACAUUCAGUCGGAGGUCCCAUCUUGCUGUACAUCAGAGAAUCCACACUGGGAACAAACCUUAUGAGUGUAAGCAAUGUGGAAAGGCAUUCAGUCAGAGGUCCCAUCUUGCUGUACAUCAGAGAAUCCACACUGGGAACAAACCUUAUGAGUGCAAGCAAUGUGGAAAGGUUUUCACAGCUAACUCUAGUCUUGCUGUACAUCAGAGAAUCCACACUGGGGACAAACCUUAUGAAUGCAAGCAAUGUGGAAAGACAUUCCCAUCUAACUCCAAUCUUGCUGUACAUCAGAGAAUCCACACUGGGGAGAGACCUUAUGAAUGCAAGCAGUGUGGAAAGACAUUCAGUCAGACGUCCCAUCUUGCUGUACAUCAGAGAAUCCACACUGGGGAGAGACCUUAUAAAUGUAAGCAGUGUGGAAAUACAUUCAGUCAGAGAUCCUAUCUUGCUGUACAUCAGAGAAUCCACACUGGGGAGAGACCUUAUGAAUGCAAGCAGUGUGGAAAGACAUUCAGUCGGAGCUCCAAUCUUGCUGUACAUCAGAGAAUCCACACUGGAGAGAGACCUUAUGAAUGCAUGCAAUGUGGAAAGACAUUCCCAUCUAACUCCAAUCUUGCUGUACAUCAGAGAAUCCACACUGAGGAGAGACCUUAUGAAUGCAAGCAGUGUGGAAAGACAUUUGGUCGGAGGUCCCAUCUUGCUGUACAUCAGAGAAUCCACACUGGGGAGAGACCUUAUGAAUGUAAGCAAUGUGAAAAGACAUUCAGUCGGAGGUCCCAUCUUGCUGUACAUCAGAGAAUCCACACUUGGAAAAAACUUUAUGACUGUAAGCAAUGUGGAAAGGCAUUCAAUCAGAGGUCCCAUCUUGCUGUACAUCAGAGAAUCCACACUGGGAACAAACCUUAUGAGUGUAAGCGAUGUGGAAAGGUUUUCAUGGCUAAUUCCAAUCUUGCUGUACACCAGAGAAUCCACACUGGGGAGAGACCUUAUGAAUGUAAGCAGUGUGGAAAGACAUUCAGUUGGAGAUCCUAUCUUGCUGUUCACCAGAGAAUCCACACAGUGGGCAAACCUCAUGAUUGUAAGCAGUGUGGAAAGACAUUCCCAUCUAACUCCAAUCUUGCUGUGCAUCAAAGAAUCUACACUGGGAACAAGCCUUAUGAGUGUUAGCAAUAUGGAAAGAUUUUCAGAGUGAGCUCCACUCUUGCUAUGCAUCAGAGAAUCCACCCUGGGGUGGAACCUUAAAAGUGCAAGCUAUGUGGAAAGAUGUUCACAUGCAGCUCUAGGCUUGCUAUUGUGUAAAGGACAUUUACCCUCCCAACCUUUCUGGGGCAGUGUACCUGGAAUGACCCUGAACUUGACUCAGAUGUAAGGAUUGCAUGAUGGAAAUCAUUGAGUGAGGAGAGGAUUGUAGCAGGAAAGGUAGCAAUAGAGUCAAAAGAGAGACCAGGAUACAGGGGCAGAGUGAUGUCUCUUGGACUGCCCCCAGGCAAAAUAGAAAGCUAUGGUUGUCUCCUGAGAUAAGAUUUGUGAGUUAAUGGGCAGAGAAAAGGUUUGAUAAACCAAGGCAAGAGAAGAUAUCCAGCUCUUCUCUUUGAAGCUUAUUGCUGGUUGGACUUCCCUGUGAGCAUGGCUAGUGUACCCUAAUAGUUGGCCCAGAAUAGCAAACUAAAUGGAGCAGUGAGGGAAGUAUAUCUCCUAAUUUUCCAAUUUUUUCACCUACUACCUUAGAUUAAAUAAAAUUAAUUCAAGGCCAA